AUGUAUCUGGCUCGACAACUCGAGUGCUUCGAUCAUGAGCGCAAUCUUCCUCUAUACGCCAUCCUGUCUCACACCAGGGCCAGCUCGGAGGUCACCAUGCAGCAGUACCGAGAGGCUGUAAGUAGCAACGACGACCGAAGCGAUCAUGUCAAGACUACUCAAACCUACCUAAAGAUCGAAGCAUCAUGUUUGCAAGCAUGUGCGGACAAUCUGCCAUAUAUCUGGAUCGACACUUCCUGUAUCGACAAGACGUCCUCUGCGGAACUGAGCGAAGCGAUCAACAGCAUGUUCCAUCACACAGCAGGUGCUGCUCCAACUAUUGACGAUGCGACCCUGGGUAAAGCGGGGUGGUUUACAUCUGGAUGGACUUUACAAGAGCUGAUCGCACCUCGACACAUGAACUUCUAUGACAGGAACUGGAUCUGCUUUGAGACGAAAGGGACCUUGAACUACCUUAUUGGCGCCAAUUUGCGCAAAGCUAGCGUUGCGAAGCGAAUGAGCUGGGCUGCUCAACGCGUGACAACGAAAGUUGAGGACAAAGCCUAUAGCUUAUUUGGCAUCUUUGAAGUCAACAUGCCUCUGCCGUAUUGCGAAGGAACAAAAGCCUUCACACGCCUACAGGACGAGAUUCUCAAGGACAACGAUGAUCAAAGCUUGUUCGCAUGGCAGCCUUGCGCAGCAUCCGAGCUAUCGUCUCCUCGUCUGACGCCAACCCUGCCUGCAGAAGAUGGCAUCUCGGUCUUUGCACCGCACCCAUGA